GCAGAUUCUUCAUUAUUUAAUUUCUUUUAAUAUAAUACAAGGCGAUAAUAUGUGAUGGCAACAAUUUAAAAAGUGAUACGCCGUCUAUAGUGAACUGCUUCGAGAACUAAAAGCCCGGGCUUAAAAAAAAAAAAAAAAAAAAAAAAAUACUAAUUACGAACAAAUUUCGAGAACUACACUGAGUUUUAGAGAUGGCAAAAGCUGCGGUUUCGCUUUCGAAGCAGUUUUCGUUCGCAGCGUACCAUGUUUAAACUUGUAGCUUUGCAAUGAAAACAACUUGGCAUUUCGUUCAGAUAGCUCACAGCCCCGAUAGCUGAAAUGACGUUUUAUCGCUUUGAUGCGCGGCUGUUGACGCAAUAGACAAGUCCGUUCUUGUUGCCUUCAGGAGAAGAGGGGAAGAGGAUCAGGUCGCUUGCUCGCCUACCUCUCAUAGCUGUUAGUUUCAGGUUUUGCUCUGACUUGACAUGAAGCGGAAGACGCCCAGUUCUUUAUUUUGCCAGUGUAAAUCUUCUGCACGCUGCUGUAGCUGUUUAUUAGAACAAAUUGGUAUGCUUGCUGCAUCUAUUCAGGUGCCUCAGAAUGUGUCAGCUGUAAGCCCCAAACCUUCUCCACUGCCAAGCUACAAAAACUGGCCUGGCAAAUUUGGAUUUGAUGCAGCGUUUUCAUAUGAAGAAAGUGACCCGGACAGACUUGCUUGGAGCUACUCCAGUAAAACAGAGAAACUUUAUGUAGCUAAAUCUGUUCCCUGUGCAGUCAACUUUUCAGUGAAUUCAGUCUUGCCUGAUAAUGUGUAUAUUCGAGCAAUGGCUCUUUUCAGCUCACCUGAACACUCCGCUGAUAUAGUUCAACGCUGUGUUACUCAUUCCAUAGAAGAAAUUCAAAAGGGAAUUUAUGAAGCUGAACAUCUUAUUCGCUGCGAAAACUCUAAGGCGUCUUAUCAAGUUGAUAGGUUCACCGGUCGUCACAGUGUCAUUGUUCCAUUUGGCGGAAAAACAUUUUCUACCUAUACCUAUAAAUUUGCUUGUUUUGGAUCCUGUUCUGGUGGACCAAACAGAAGGCCCUUAAUGGUGGUAUUCACCCUUGAAAUAGGAGGUAUAGUAAUAGGCCAACGGACGUUUCAUGUUAAGAUCUGUGCUUUGCCUAGCCGAGACAAGAAAUAUGAAGAACGACGAUUUGAAAAGGAAGAGAAAAAGAAAGGAACUUUAUCUGAAACAUUUGCUCCUAUCACAUAUUCAGACGAAAUUCCUGUCACAUAUUCUCCGUCAGAUGAACCUGAAAUGUCUCCUAAAAAAGAUGGUUUAUAUACUAUAACUGUAAAAGAUUAUGGAUGUUUCUCAUUUCUGCAACAGAUGAAAACCUACUAUGAGAUUUACGGGAUGUUAAGAAACACACCUUUCAUAAAAAAAACUUAAUUUUCGG